AGGCAUCUUAGGGUCUAGGUUCGAAAACAUGAGCCCCUUACCAGAUGAAUUCGAUAUCAUCGUGUGUGGUGGUGGAAGUUGUGGUUGUGUUGUAGCUGGUCGCCUGGCCAACUUGGACCACAACUUGAAGGUACUCCUCAUCGAAAGUGGCGAGUCGAACCUCAACAAUCCAUGGGUUUUCAGGCCAGGGGUUUACCCCCGUAACAUGAAGCUGGACUCAAAGACAGCAUCCUUCUAUGAGGCCCGCCCUUCUAAAUGGCUUUCCGGCAGGAAGGCGGUAGUUCCCUGUGCUCACAUCUUGGGUGGUGGUUCUAGCAUCAACUUCUUGAUGUACACACGUGCUUCGGCUUCGGACUACGAUGACUUCCAGGCCAAGGGAUGGUCCACUAAGGAGCUUCUUCCACUUAUGAGGAAGCAUGAAACCUAUCAACGGGCUUGCCAUAACAAGGAACUCCACGGAUCCGAGGGACCGAUCAAGGUUUCGUUCGGAAACUACACAUAUCCGAUCAAGGAUGAUUUCUUAAGGGCCGCGGAAUCCCAAGAUAUCCCCGUCGUCGAUGACCUACAAGACUUAACUACUGGUCAUGGUGCUGAACACUGGUUGAAAUGGAUCAACCGUGACACCGGCCGACGUAGCGAUAGUGCCCAUGCUUACGUUCACUCGACCCGUGCCGUCUAUGACAACCUAUACCUUGCUUGCAACACCAAGGUUGACAAGGUCAUCAUCGAAAAUGGCCGAGCCGUAGCCGUUCAGACCGUGCCGACCAAGCCUCUCCACCCCAACCAGCUUAAGCCUCGCACCUUCAGAGCACGAAAGCAGAUUGUUGUAUCUGGAGGCACCCUUUCUUCCCCACUAAUUCUUCAGCGAUCUGGCAUUGGUGACCCCCAGAAGCUCAGAGCCGCCGGUGUUAAGCCGGUUGUUGACCUCCCCGGUGUCGGUCUUAACUUCCAGGACCACUACCUAACCUUCUCUGUUUAUCGCGCGAAGCCUGGCACAGAAAGUUUCGAUGACUUCGUUCGGGGCGUACCAGAAGUGCAGAAGCAGGUAUUCGAUGAAUGGGCCCUCAAGGGAACUGGCCCCCUCUCCACUAAUGGUAUCGAUGCUGGUGUAAAGAUCCGCCCAACUGAGAAGGAAUUGAAAGAGUUCGAAUCGUGGCCCACGCCCCACUUCAACGAUGGAUGGAAGUCAUACUUCGAGAAUAAGCCCGACAAGCCCGUGAUGCAUUACUCCGUCAUUUCUGGUUGGUUUGGUGACCACAUGCUUAUGCCACCUGGAAACUUCUUCACCAUGUUCCACUUCUUGGAAUACCCCUUCUCCCGAGGAUUCACACAUAUCAAGUCGGCCGACCCCUAUGAGAACCCCGACUUCGACCCGGGCUUCAUGAAUGACGAGCGUGACAUGGCACCCAUGGUAUGGGGUUACAUCAAGUCGCGAGAGACCGCCCGCCGCAUGGGUGCGUAUGCUGGCGAGGUCCAGGCGAUGCAUCCAUUCUUCGAUUAUGACUCGCCGGCCCGUGCUAAUGACAUGGACCUUGAGACUACUCAAAAAUAUGCCCUCCCCGGCAACCUAAGUGCUGGUCUACAGCACGGUAGCUGGAGCGUAUUCAACCCGGAGCCAUCCAAGAGGCCAGAAGCCAAUAUCUUGAACAGUAAUAAGGCGGAUGUUCGUGACGAGCUUAAGUACAGCAAGAAGGAUAUCGAGGCGGUCGAGGAAUGGGUAAGGAGGCAUGUUGAGAGUACCUGGCACUGUCUAGGAACCUGCUCCAUGGCUCCCAAGGAAGGAAACAGCAUCGUCAAACACGGUGUUUUGGACGAGCGCCUAAACGUCCACGGCGUCAAAGGACUCAAGGUUGCUGAUCUCAGUAUUUGCCCCGACAACGUUGGUUGCAACACGUACUCUACUGCUCUUCUUAUCGGCGAGAAGGCUGCCACGUUAGUCGCCGAAGAUCUCGGAUACUCGGGUGCUGCUCUCGAUAUGAAGGUCCCGACAUACGAGGCUCCCGGAGAACUGAAGCUAUCAUACCGCUUGUAGACCUCUAAAGUAUAUCCUAGUGUUAAUAUUUCCAACGUUUGAUUUUAUGUUUGUUUCGGUACGAUCGGGCAUGAUUUUCGAACCAGAUUGGAAUAUCUCUUGGGCGAUUGCCUUGAUUACCCGAUUCUGUUUUCAAGUAGCAUUUUAAUGAAUGUAAGAUACCUACGACACGAUGUUUGAACUGAGUGAUUAUGCGUGCUUUUGCGACGACGAUAUUAUUUUCGGCCUCAAAACAACGAUGAUGACUUGUAAAGUACCUACCUACUCACUAAAGAGCCGACUCGGACACUGUGUACACUAUAAGCCAACACUGUGAGUUCGCGGAUUGU